CAACAGUGCUGUUUGCUAACAAGAUCACAUCCGCUCCUGUUGCUGUAUAUAAGUAAAGCUCAACAGUCAGAGCAGCACAAAACAACCUCCUCGACCAUCUGUGAGACAGUCUGCUGAAGUUGAACUUGAAGGUCCGAUCACUGUAACCAUGCUGAAGGAAGUCUUUGUGCUGGGAUGCCUCCUGAGCAUCAUUCUGGCUACUCCUGACAUGGAGCACAAACGAUUUGCUCGGUCUGACUCUGGCUCUAGCUCUGACUCUGGCUCAAAUUCUGGAGAGACUACUACCACUACAGCUGCCACUACCACUGCCGCUACCGCUGCCACUACCACUGCCCUAAAUCCACAGUCAUUGCAGAUCUUGCAACUACUUCUUCAACUAUUGAAUCCUACGACUACUGCGGCUACUACUACGACUACCACUACAGCUGCUGCUGCUAAUAACACCGGUUAAUGACAUCAAAUUUUGACAUCAGAUCCUGU